GUGGACAUUUGCCACGUUGGCGCCGGCUUCUGCUGCUUGGUGAUCCCCCUGAUCUUCGUGCUGGUGUUCGGCCUCUCUUACUGGAACCCAACGAGCCUCGGUGCAAUGGCGAGCGGCUUGGGUGUUUGGCUCGUCCUGGGCUCCUGUUGCCUUGGCGCGGUGGGGUGGUCCAA